AUUGCAGAAAACGACUCUUCAGGGACCAGAGAGGACUGACUUCUUUGUACAUUAGUUUUUGUCAUCUGCAAGCUGGGAAAAAUGAUAGCAUCUGAUUUAUAAGUCCGUUGCAAGACAAUCUGUAUUGAAAACCCCUUGCAGGAAGUUGAGAGUGACUGAAGUCAUCAGCUUGGAACCUGAGUGCCUGGGACUGAGUUCUUGAUCUGCGCUUUGCUGGUUGUGAGACCUCAGACUUUCCACAUAGAUAAUUCAACCAACAGUGGAAACUCCGAAGUGAUGCAAGCAGGAAAAAAAAAUUGAACCAGGUCUGAAGGGCGAUGCAACAGGCAUGAUGGAGGUUGAGUCCUCCUACUCAGACUUCAUCUCCUGUGACCGAACAGGCCGUCGGAACGCGGUGCCUGACAUCCAGGGCGACUCGCAGGCCGUGAGCGUGAGGAAGCUGGCUGGUGACAUGGGCGAGCUGGCACUCGAGGGGGCAGAGGGACAGGCUGAGACGGGCACCCCUAACAAGGAAGCUGGCAGCCAGCCCGAGACCAGUGACGGGACCACCUCAUCUUGAGCCUGACCUUGCCCAAGGAGGCUGGAAGAGACACCUGCUGUCCCCAUCUGGACAGGGAGCCCUGGCAUCAGCUCGGCAACCUCUUCUCUGAGCCCCAUGUCCCAGGCGAGCCAGGCCAGACUGAAAGGCACCCCCAGAGGCCUCCAUGGCCCCUGCCCUGGGAAGGCCCUCCACCCCCAUCCACAGGCUCUCUGCACCCACCACGUCCUCGCUGUGCCUGAGCACACACUCACGCCACUGUAAGCACAGGAUGUGAUUUAUUCUGCGGGCACUGGGGUGUAGGGGCUGGGCUCUGUCCAUCUGGGUGAGCUGCCCACCCAAGAACACUCCUACCACAGGGGCCUGGGCUAGAUCUGCCCCCUCUUCAGCUCCAACCUUCUGGGUCAAGACCUUUCUAGUCUGUUCUUUUUUAAAAAAACAAAACACUUUUAAACUUUUUAAAAUUAACCAAAUUUUUUUUCAGCAGAGAGGAAGGAAACUGAUUAUCAGUUCAUUUCCCCCCCCCCCCCCUUGGAAUCCACUAUAAGCUAAAUGGACCAUCUAUGCAGCUCUGAGGUUCCCUCCUGGAGCUUCACAUCCAGUUUUAGGGAAGGAUUUUGUGCUCAAAACUCUUGUUAACUCUGUCCUUUCUACCAAGAUAAAUGACAUCUAGGACCUGAGAAAUAAAUGCUGAUGAUUUGUG